AUCUUCAACUUUGAACUUCGUCAUCUAAGCCUCUGAUAAAUACUAUAGUGGCUAUUGAUUGACGGGACUCUAUAACGAGCAAACCUACACUAAACUGUGAGCCUUUAUUGUCUACAGUCAUCAACUGCAUGUUAUUUUACUAAUAAUAUUUCAAUAUUUAAUUCUAGCGAUUAGCGAUAGGCUCAUAAUCUAGCCAUGGGCGUCCCUUUCGAAGCGCUGAUUCCCUAUGGAAUCAUUCUUGCCAUGUUUGGCGCGACCGGUGCGGGACUCUCCAAAUUCAGAAACUGGCAGAACGGCGGCAAGAGAGCGAGACGAUCGUUGGACCAAUGGGAUCGACAAAUGAUGAACCGAGACCGCCGAUUGACAGGGUUCUUACGAGGGCAAAGUGACGCCCCCAUUGCACCCGCAGGCUUCGAGCUGAACAACCCUUGGAGAGUUGAGAGGCGCAUCUCAUAGACUUGAGAAAUUAGGCGAGCAGCUGGCGGGAAAUGGAAGGCAUGGCUUUCAACUAGCAAACAUUUGUACAGAAAUCACAAAAAUACAACACUUGAUAUUGACCCUUUCUA